UCAAACAGCUGAUAAGUAAGUGGAAAAAUUUUGGACGGCCUGCUGUUAUUUCACCAUAAAUCUAUGCAAAUUUGGCCAAAAAGCUAAAAAAAUUCGUUCAAAUAACAAUGAACAUUAAACGCUAAACCAUCAACGCCUCUCUCUAUAACUUCUAGUGUACAAUUUUGAACGUUUAAAUCGAGUAAAUUUUAGCUUUUCACAUGGAUAUUUCGGAUUUUAUAUUGGGUGGUUUAGGCUCAGUGGGAGCAACAUUUUUCACCAAUCCCAUUGAAGUCGUCAAAACACGCAUACAAUUACAAGGUGAAUUGGCCGCCCGGGGUACUUACGUGGAGCCAUAUCGUGGUAUAGUAAAUGCUUUUGUAACGGUGGCUAAAAAUGAUGGCUUAACGGGUUUGCAGAAGGGCUUAACACCAGCUUUAUAUUUUCAAUUUAUUAUAAAUUCAUUUCGUUUAAGCAUUUAUAAUAUGGCUUUAAACAAUGGCUGGAUGCACACCAAAUCUGGAGAUGUUUCAUUUGUCAAGGGUAUUUUUUGGGGGGCAGCUGGUGGUGCCAUUGGUUCCUAUUUCUCUAGUCCAUUUUUUAUGAUAAAAACACAACUACAAUCUCAGGCCGCUAAACAAAUUGCUGUCGGCUAUCAGCAUCAACAUACCGGCAUGAUAGAUGCCCUUAAACAAAUCUACAAUAAACGUGGUAUCUUUGGUCUAUGGCGUGGCUCGAUGGCAGCCAUACCACGUGCCGCCAUCGGUUCGGGUGCACAAAUUGCCACUUUUGGCAAAACGAAAUUUUUGCUUAAAGAAUAUGAUCUGGUCACACAGCCUGCACUAAAUUCCUUCUGUUCCGGUCUCAUAGCUGGUUCUAUAAUGUCGGUGGCCAUAACACCGCCCGAUGUCAUUUCCACUAGACUCUAUAAUCAGGGUUGGGAUGAACGUGGUCGCUAUAAUGGUUGGUUGGAUUGUUUUUUGAAAAUAUGCCGUACAGAGGGUAUUUAUGGUUUGUACAAGGGUUUCUGGGCCAAUUACUUGAGAAUAGCUCCACAUUCGACUUUAGUUUUAUUAUUCUUUGAUGAAUUGUUGAUUGUGCGUGACAAGUAUAGAGAAGGCAAGGCUAUGUUACAGUUAAAGUAGUGAGAUAUUAAACCAUACUAAUCAAUAUUAACACAAAACCAUACGAUAUUAGUUUAAAACUAAUAAUAAUGUGCAAUAUGUCUUUUUUCCUAGUUUUUAGCUUAAAAAAAAAUAAUUAUAUAUGUUUUAUUUUCUUUUUAUUAUUAGAAAUGUAAUCAUUUGCCAAUUUUGUUAGUCCAGUUGUAUAAGUACAAAAAAGAAAUUUUUUUUCUAAAAGAAAAUUUUUUUGUAAUCUAAGCGUUUUUAUUUAGUUUUUUUUUUCUUUGUUGCUAUUUUACCUAUGUUUUAUUUAAUUUUUUUUCUUUCUUGUAAAAUAACAA